GACUCAAAAAAGAAAAAGAAUUAAUUUUAUUCAUUGUUCAAGUGUCCUGAAAAAAAUGGAUAAUUUUUGUGGUGUCUUAAGCAAGAGGGAUGAACCUUCAAGUUCCAAAGCAAAGUGGGUUAAUCCAACUAUAACACUAUCAAAUUUUCUGAACACUUUCAACGAUUUGGAGAAAAUUACUAAAAUUCUUAGUCACGCUUUGGAGGAUUCCUUCCAGAACUUCGUAUUUCUCUCUCAGAGGAUUUUUCAAAAUAAUUUGCAGGCUCUCAGCAGCCAGGAAGUGCUGAGAACGAUAAGAGAAGGCUUAAAAUUAAUAAAAAUUCGUCAAGAACAAGUGGAUGACCUUCUAAUGAGUUUGGAUAUGUCAAUCAAAAUGCUUGAGAAAUAUGUUGGAGAAGUAGAAGGGAAAAUCUUACCAAACGGAGAAAUAACCAACGAAGAAGAUCCUCGAGCAAAGAUGUACAAAAUUCUGACCAACAUCUCAAUGCGCUUUGAGUCAAAUAAGGAAUUCUUAGGUGAUUUUCAUCGGGAAGUUCAUGAGCUCAACUCCUCCAACAAUUCUAAUAAUUUCCCACCUGAUCUAACACUUUGCCUCGAUCGACAUGUGCAAAUUCUGGAGAAGAUUAAAACGAAUCUCGAUGAAAUGACAAGAAUCGGAGAAGAAAAUCACAUAAAACUCACAAAUAUUGAAAGUCAAAUGAAGCAAUAACAAUGAUCCUCCAAAUCAAAGUAUUUUGUGCAAAAUUUCAUUUUGUUCGUAAAAAUAAUAUUUUUUUGAAGAUUAAUUUUGAGACUAAAUUCAUAAUCAUGGAAAAUUCUAAAAUAAAUAUCCAAUUUGGUAACACGGAGGAAAUUCUUUUGGGUACUUUUUCUUUACCAAUUACAAUUGAAAAUCAGCAGUUUAUUGUUAAUCAAUACGACGUGAGAAGUACAGUGGAUGCGAGGAUUUCCAUCUUGGUGCCAUGUGCGGUGUUUUCUCCGCAAUUUUCCUCCACAAUCAAUCCGAGCAUGUAAGUAUGCAUUCUUUUAUUGAAAAGAUUAAUUUAAAAACAGUUGUGCAUCAAAUAUAAAAAUAUUCUAAAAUAAAAAAAAGAAUUUUUGCCAACUUAUUAUUCAAUUCAAUCAGAUCAACUACCUAAUUGAAACUUUGCAUUAAUUUUCAUAGUUUAAUUAAAAUCUUAAAAUGAGUGUGAAACAAUAGUUUAUUAAUUUUAAAAACUUUUUAUUAGGAAUAUCCUGAAAACCAAAUUCAAAAGUCCAAAAAUAUGAUUUAAAAUUGUUUAAAAAAAUU